AUGGCGACACAACAACACACUACACCAGCAGCAGGCAGCAGCGGCACAGCCAACCAAUCAAAUAGCAGACAUGGGUUGGAGCUGGACCAGCCGAGGGUGCUGCGCUCCAGCUGCCUGGUGACAGGUGUCCACUCCUCGCCCAUACGCCGCAACAGCAAGCUGGCCACGCUGGGACGCAUCUUCAGGCCCUGGAAGUGGAGGAAAAAGAAAACGGAGAAGCUCAAGCAGAGCUCCACAGAUGUUGCACUAGCAUGUGGCCUACACGCCAGCGACCCCAGCCCCACCCUCCAGGGCAUGUCGGACAUGGAGUGCCGGUUGCCGCCAACAUUACCCAACAUGCUCAGCGUCAGCAGCAUGGAGUACCUGGGCUCGGACCACGAGCCCCUCCCGCCACCGCCCGAACUGCCUGAUGAGGCCGACUCGUUAGAGGAGCCGUCGAACCCCGAGGAGGAAGAGGAUGAGGAAGGGGAGGAGGAGGACGAAGAGGAGGAGGGGGAGGAGGACGUAGGAGCGCUGUGCUGCGACGGCCUGGACGGCAUGCUGCAUGAGUGUGGCGUGGAGGGCGUGGAGCAGGACGCUCUGGAUGCCGCGCUGCAGGGACACUCCCCACCAGGCGUACCCGGGCCUCUGGCCUCGCAGCUGGGCAGCGAGGAGGAUGACCAGGGUGUAGCCAUGCCCCCCAUGCACCAGUCCAACUCCUUCCUCUCCAAGGAGCCUCCGCGGGUCCCGGAGCGGGAGGGCCCCUGCCCCAUCCCCAUCCCCAUUCCCCUGCGCGGCCCCCUCUCCAACCAAGUGGUGUCACCACACAUGGCCAGCAUCCACCCGCCACUGCCCCCUAGCUGCAUCAUUGAGGAGCUGCACCGAGCGCUGGCCAACAAACUCAGGCAGGAGAGCAGCAUUGAGCGGGAACCCAGUGGCGAGACUGAGAGCCGGAAGGAGUCGGAGGAGAACAAGGAGAACCUGCGGAUGGACCAGUGGUUCACCGACGCCUCAGGCCACAUACUGGACCAGGAACAAUGGAACGACUCGGUCAUCUCCGGCACUCUUCCUCGCAGGAUGAGGAAGGAGCUGCUGGCGGUGAAGCUUCGGAACCGGCCCAGCAAGCAGGAGCUGGAGGACAGGAACAUCUUCCCCACGCGCAGCGACCAGGAACGACAGGAGAUCAGGCAACAGAUCGAGAUGAAGCUCGCCAAGAGACUAAGUCAGCGGCCGAAUGUGGAGGAAUUGGAGAGCCGGAAUAUUUUGAAACAAAGAAACGAGCAGGAACAGGAGGAGAGGAGAGAGAUCAAACAGAGACUAAACAGAAAGCUCAACCAGAGACCCACAGUAGACGAGCUGCGGGAGAGGAAGAUCCUGAUCCGCUUCAGUGACUACGUGGAAGUGGCCAAGGCUCAGGACUACGACCGCAGGGCAGACAAACCCUGGACCAGACUUUCUGCGUCUGACAAGGCUGCCAUCCGAAAGGAGUUGAAUGAGUUCAAAAGCACUGAGAUGGAGGUGCACGCAUCCAGCAAGCAUCUCACAAGAUUUCACAGGCCGUAGAAGACUUUCUUCCAUGAAGAAACGGUGAAGCGAGACUUUCAGUUUUUUUCGUCUGUGAAAUUCCUGGAGGUGUGUGUUUUUUUUAAUUCCGGGGCCUCACCUCUCUGGGUGUUAAGUCUUUGGGCUCGUCCUUAUUCUUCCAGGGCCCGGGCUUCCAGGAGGGGCAGUGGGCUACUGUGAUGCUUUUUGGGGGGUUAGCCACCUGAGGGCCAGCCUUCAGCCAGAAGUGCUGGCAGGAAGGACACUCCCAAUAGGAGCUUUGGUACAAUCCACUUUAGUGGACAGAGAUGGACAGAGGGACAAAGAUGGAGAACUGUAUUCAGUGUUUUUUUCUUCUUCUGAAGGACGUUUUUUGAAAGGACACUUGUUUCAAGAGACCAUCAGUGUUUGGUGGAAGUUGUGCAUGUGUGACCGGCUCCACCUAAAAAAUGUUGAAAAAGGGUACUACCGUAAUACUUGAGGGUCGAACAGAGACUGGUCUUUGGGGGUGAAUUUCAUAUCAAAGUGUACGCAGAGUCAGUCUGAACAGGGUUGUUCAUGUCUUCACUUGAAAAAGAAAAAAAAACUUUGUAAGCACUACUUGUCUUCAUAAUACAAGACUUUUUAAAAAUAUGUGGUGUCUUCUUGUUCCAAAACAUACCAAAAUCUGUAGCCAAGACCAGGUGA